AUGCCCCGAAAAGCUGCUACCACUGAAGGUGAUGCGACUGAGCCUCGUCGCUCUAGCCGUAUCAAGGAACUUCCCAAGGCCGAGGCACCUCCCAAGAAGGUCACCAAGCCUCGCGCGAAGAAAGAGCCCAAGGAGGGUGAGGAAGAGAAGCCUAAGCGAGGUCGCAAGCGCAAGGAACCUGCCACUGACGGUGAAGAGACUACCGAUGCUCCUGCUGCCAAGAAGGCCAAAGCUGGAUCCAAACCACCCUCAAAGGCUGCCCCGGCCUCCAAGCCUGCCUCCAAGGUCACCAAACCAUCUUCCAAGGCCUCCGUUAAGCCUGCCUCUCGUGCUGGCUCCAAGAAACCCGUUUCCAAGGCCGAUACUACUGCGCCGGCGUCUGCAGCCCCCGCUGUUGAAGAGACUAUCCAAGAGGAACCCGAGGAAGAGGCUGCAGCUGAGGAGUAA